AUGGUAGCUGCAUCAAGGCUUCUGGAUCCCUAUGCAUCUUCGGUUGAGGAGCGGGUGAGGAGUCGGGUGAGGAGGUCGGGUGAGGAGUCGGGUGAGGAGUCGGGUGAGGAGUCGGGUGAGGAGUCGGUUUAA